AUGGAGGGCGGGAGGAGAGAUCUGCUAACCCAGCUGGGACCUCAGGCCAUUCCACUUUCCAGCAUGCUCCUGGCUGAUGAGAGUAAAACCCAGGCUAACCCUGAACAGGACCAUGUGGCCAGAGGCUCCACGGGUGAGAUCACAUAUGGAGGCAGAGUGACGGAUGCCUGGGACCAGCGCUGCCUCAGGACCAUCCUGAAAGGCUUCUUUUCGCGUAAAACCCUGGGGUCUGGCUACUCCUACUCCCACUCAGGUAUCUACUUUGCCCCGGAGGAAGAUGAACUGGAGCAAUAUAAGAAAUAUAUCGAGAGUCUUCCGAUCAUAGAUGAUCCCGAGGUCUUUGGCAUGCAUGAGAAUGCCAACUUGGCCUUUCAGCGCCAAGAAACCAUGACUCUGAUCAGCACCAUAUUGGAUGUGAAUCCUCGCUCAUCAGCUUGCGCUGGGGCCAAAAGUAACGAUGACAUAGUCUGCGAGCUCGCUGAAUCCAUCUUAGCCAAGCUACCAGAUCUUCUGGAAAUGGACGAGGCGGUCGAAACUCUUUUUAUCAGGGACGAAAACGGCCGCCUUAACUCCCUGACGACCGUGUUGGGCCAAGAGGUGGACCGAUUCAACAACCUGCUGAGGGUGCUCAAGUUGUCCCUUGUGACUCUCAAGAAGGCCAUCGCAGGUCUUGUGGUGAUGUCAGAGGAGAUGGACUGCAUAUACACAAGCUUCCUGAACAACCAGGUUCCCACCCACUGGGCAAACUCUGCCUACCCUUCCCUCAAACCCCUGGCCUCCUGGGUCAGGGACCUGACCCUCAGGACCGCUUUCAUCCAGAUGUGGAUCAAUCAGGGUCAGCCCAAAUCUUUCUGGAUCUCAGGGUUCUUCUUCCCUCAAGGCUUCCUUACUGGGGUACUUCAGAAUCACGCCAGACACUACAAUUUGCCCAUUGAUGAGCUCAACUUCCGCUUCAACAUGGUGCCGGUGUUCCGAGACCAGGUGGCGGUCUCCGAGUCUCUACGGGAUCUGCCCGAAGACACCAAACUGGACAUCGAUGAUGAGCUACCAGAGCCGCAGGACGGCGUGCUCGUGCACGGCAUGUUUAUGGAUUCCAGUCGCUGGGACAAUGACAACAUGGUGAUCGAGGAUGCGUUACCCCGGGUGAUGAACUCCAUGCUGCCCGUGGUGCACUUUGAGCCGCAGCAGAACUACGUGCCCGAGCCCGACCUCUACCAAGCUCCUCUGUACAAAACCUCUGCCAGAGCUGGGACUCUGUCCACCACAGGUCACUCGACCAAUUUUGUUGUGACAGUAAUGCUUCCCUCCAACCGACCCAGCGACUACUGGAUAUCAAAAGCCUCUGCUCUGCUGUGCCAGUUAGAUGAUUGAGUUUGUAUGCAAGACACAAAGGAGUUGGAAAUAUGACUGCAUGGAACAUACACUUCUAAGCACAACUUUGAAUUAACGUUGAAGCUUUUGUGGAAUUAUUUAUAAAGAUUACUGAAAGUGCACUUACUUCUUACACAGUACAAUAAACACA